AUGGCCCGUGGCGUGCAGCGUGUGGAGCGAAGAACUGGGUCUCGGUUCCCCAGAUCCCCGGAUGCUGGCACGUGUGUCCUAGCCCCUAACACCCUUCUGUGGGCCUACUGAUCCAUCCCUCUUCUGGUGGCAGUGACUCUAGCAGAGCUGCGCAGACCCAAAGGGGGCCUCACUGAAUUCUGUCAUGGUCAUUUAAGGAACCUCGCCUAGAAGUCCCCACUCACAGUUCCCGCAUUGGCGGGAAGGCCCGGACUCCAAGAUGAUCAUAAAGGAAUACCGGAUCCCUCUGCCGAUGACCGUGGAGGAGUACCGCAUUGCCCAGCUGUACAUGAUUCAGAAGAAGAGCCGUAACGAGACCUACGGUGAGGGCAGUGGCGUGGAGAUCCUGGAAAACCGGCCCUACACGGAUGGUCCUGGUGGCUCCGGGCAGUACACACACAAAGUGUACCACGUGGGCAUGCACAUCCCUGGCUGGUUCCGCUCCAUCCUGCCCAAGGCAGCGCUGCGGGUGGUGGAGGAGUCCUGGAACGCCUACCCCUACACCCGAACCAGGUUCACCUGCCCUUUUGUGGAGAAGUUCUCCAUUGACAUUGAGACCUUUUAUAAAACCGAUGCUGGGGACAGUCCUGAUGUGUUCAGCCUGUCUCCCGUGGAAAAGAGCCAGCUGGCAACAGACAUCAUCGACAUCGUCAAGGAUCCUGUGCCCCUCAACGAGUAUAAGACGGAAGAGGACCCCAAGCUGUUUCAGUCCGUCAAGACCCACCGGGGGCCCCUGUCUGACAACUGGAUUGAGGAGUACAAGAGGCGGCUCCUGCCUGUCAUGUGCGCCUACAAGCUGUGCAAGGUGGAGUUCCGCUACUGGGGCAUGCAGUCCAAGAUCGAGAGGUUCAUCCACGACACUGGCCUGCGGCGGGUGAUGGUGCGGGCCCACCGGCAGGCAUGGUGCUGGCAGGAUGAGUGGUACGGGCUGAGCAUGGAGAACAUCCGGGAGCUUGAGAGGGAGGCGCAGCUCAUGCUGUCCCGCAAGAUGGCCCAAUUCAGUGAGGAUGAGGCGGGCACAGAACUCACCAAGGACCCAGCCAACCAGGAUCAGGCACCUGGGCCACCCCCUGAGCCCAGCAGCAGCAACGGGGAGCCCUUGGUGGGGCGGGGGCUGAAGAAGCAGUGGUCCACGUCCUCCAAGUCCUCUCGGUCGUCCAAGCGGGGAGCCAGCCCUUCCCGCCACAGCAUCUCGGAGUGGAGGAUGCAGAGCAUUGCCAGGGACUCUGAUGAGAGCUCGGACGACGAGUUCUUCGAUGCCCACGAGGACCUGUCCGACUCAGAGGACAUGUUCCCCAAGGACAUCACCAAGUGGAGCUCCAACGACCUCAUGGACAAAACGGAGAGCCCAGAGCCCGAGGACGCACAGGACAGUCUGUGCCGGCCGAGCGGCCCCGAGUUCAGGGCGGCCUCCAGUGUGGAGCAGCUGAGCAUCAUCGAGGACGAGGCCAGCCAGCCGCUGGCUGCACCGCCCUCCACGAUCCACGUGCUGCUGCUGGUGCUGCAUGGAGGCACCAUCCUGGACACAGGUGCCGGGGACCCCAGCUCCAAGCAGGGCGACGCCAAUACCAUCGCCAACGUAUUCGACACCGUCAUGCGCGUGCACUACCCCAGUGCCCUGGGCCACCUCGCCAUCCGCCUGGUGCCCUGCCCGCCUGUUUGUGCCGACGCCUUUGCCCUCGUCUCCAACCUCAGCCCCUACAGCCACGACGAGGGCUGUCUGUCCAGCAGUCAGGACCACAUCCCCCUGGCUGCCCUGCCACUGCUGGCCACCUCCUCGCCCCAGUACCAGGAGGCAGUUGCCACAGUGAUCCAGCGGGCCAACCUGGCUUAUGGGGACUUCAUCAAGUCCCAGGAAGGCAUGCCCUUCAACGGACAGGUCUGCCUGAUUGGGGACUGCGUCGGGGGCAUCCUGGCAUUCGAUGCCUUAUGCUACAGCAGCCAGCCGGUGUCUGAGAGCCAGAGCAGCAGCCGCCGGGGCAGCGUGGUCAGCGUGCAGGACGCCGAGCUGCUGUCCCCGGGCAUCCUGGUAAACACGGCAGCUGGCUCCAGCUGUGGCAGCGGCAGCUGCAGCCUGGAGAGCAGUCGGCACCUGAGUCGCAGCAACAUCGACAUCCCCCGAAGCAACGGCACCGAGGACCCCAAGAGACAGCUGCCGCGCAAGAGGAGCGACUCGUCCACCUAUGAGCUGGACACCAUCCAGCAGCACCAGGCCUUCCUGUCCAGCCUCCACGCCAGCGUGCUGAGGAAUGAGCCCAGCUCCCGCCGCUCGAGCAGCUCCCCCGUGCUGGACGGCGCCGCGGCCCUGGGCAGGUUUGACUUUGAGAUCGCCGACCUCUUCCUCUUCGGGUGCCCGCUGGGGCUGGUCCUGGCCUUGAGGAAAACAGUCAUUCCCACCCUGGACGUUUUCCAGCUGCGGCCAGCCUGCCAGCAAGUCUACAACCUCUUCCACCCGGCGGACCCGUCUGCCUCACGCCUGGAGCCGCUGCUGGAGCGGCGCUUCCACGCCCUGCCGCCCUUCAGCAUCCCCCGCUACCAGCGCUACCCGCUGGGGGACGGCUCCUCCACACUGCUGGUGGAGACCAUGCAGAGAAACCCUGAGCUGGUCCUGGAGGGUGGCCCCCCCGCCUCGCACCCUCCCGGGGACGGCUUCCUGGAGACCAGCAUCCCCGUUCCCGCGCUCGCCGGGCAGGACGGGCCCCGCCAGAGCCCGGGCUGUGCUGAGUCGGACGCGCUCCAGACCCACGGUUCGGUCUUCCAAGAGCACACGGCCCCCUCCUCACCCGGCACGGCCCCUGCCAGCCGAGGCUUCCGCAGAGCCAGCGAGAUCAGCAUCGCCAGCCAAGUGUCAGGCAUGGCCGAGAACUACACCGCGUCCAGCAUUGCCCAGAAGGCCCCCUCGAUGCUCAGCCACACCCCCAGUGUCAGGCGCCUGUCCCUGCUUGCCCUGCCCCCCCCAGCCCCCAGCAGCCCUGGCCCCCGCCCCCGGGCCAGGCAGGCGAGCCCCAGCUUGGAAAGGGUGCCCUGCCUCCCUGGCCUGGACAUCAGAGAAGUCGCCGCCAAGUGGUGGGGCCAGAAGCGGAUGGACUAUGCGCUGUACUGCCCCGACGCCCUCACGGCCUUUCCCACCGUGGCGCUGCCCCACCUCUUCCACGCCAGCUACUGGGAGUCAACGGACGUGGUCUCCUUCCUUCUGAGACAGGUCAUGAGGCAUGACAGCGCCAGCAUCCUGGACCUGGACGGCAAGGAGGUGUCGGUGUUCACCCCCUCGCAGCCCAGGGAAAAGUGGCAGCGCAAGAGGACGCACGUGAAGCUGCGGAACGUGACGGCCAACCACCGGAUCAAUGACGCAGUUGCCAACGAGGACGGCCCGCAGGUUGUGACCGGCCGGUUCAUGUACGGACCCUUAGACAUGGUCACCCUGACUGGAGAGAAGGUGGACGUGCACAUCAUGGUGCAGCCGCCCUCAGGAGAGUGGCUCUACCUGGACACACUGGUGACCAACAGCAGUGGGCGCGUCUCCUACACCAUCCCUGAGUCACACCGCCUGGGGGUGGGCGUCUACCCCAUCAAGAUGGUGGUCAGGGGAGACCACACGUUUGCCGACAGCUACAUCACUGUGCUGCCCAAGGGCACGGAGUUCGUGGUCUUCAGCAUUGACGGCUCUUUUGCCGCCAGCGUGUCCAUCAUGGGCAGCGACCCCAAGGUGCGGGCCGGGGCAGUGGACGUGGUGCGGCACUGGCAGGACCUGGGCUACCUCAUCAUCUACGUGACGGGCCGGCCUGACAUGCAGAAGCAGCGGGUGGUGGCGUGGCUGGCCCAGCACAACUUCCCUCAUGGAGUGGUGUCUUUCUGCGAUGGUCUGGUGCACGACCCGCUGCGGCACAAGGCCAACUUCCUGAAGCUGCUCAUCUCCGAGCUGCACCUGCGCGUUCACGCAGCCUACGGCUCCACGAAGGAUGUGGCAGUGUACAGCGCCAUCAGCCUGUCCCCCAUGCAGAUCUACAUAGUGGGCCGGCCUACCAAGAAGCUGCAGCAGCAGUGCCAGUUCAUCACAGACGGCUACGCGGCCCACCUAGCCCAGCUCAAGUACAACCACCGGGCGCGGCCAGCCCGCAACACAGCCACCCGCAUGGCACUGCGCAAGGGCAGCUUCGGCCUCCCCAGCCAGGGUGACUUCCUGCGCUCACGGAACCACCUGCUCCGCACCAUCUCAGCCCAGCCCAGCGGGCCCGGCCACCGGCACGAGCGGACACAGAGCCAGGUGGAGGGUGAGCAGCGGGGUCAGCGCAGCAUGAGCGUGGCAGCCAGCUGCUGGGGCCGUGCCAUAAGCGGCCGGCUUGAGCCGGGAGCAGCCGCGGGCCCCAAGUAGGGCCUAUGAGUGGGCGCUGUGGUCUCCAUGGUGCUAGGCCAGGGCACCACCCCAUCAGAAGGCCCGGCCUGAGCACACGUAGGCGGCUGGGGGUGAGCUUUGAUAGCCUGGGAAACUGUCCCAGGGCCCCUCCGAAGACACGGGCAUGCCAGCCACUGCUUCUAGCCCUGCCCCACCCCUAGGGCCUGAGGGCUCCGGCUUGACGUGGAACCUGGCAGGACAGCAGCGUGGAGUGGCAGAGACCAGGGCGCCCCACCUGGCCCGGCUGGGAGGCCCUGGACAGUGCGCCCUGCAUUGCUCCCCAGCCGCCUGGUGCCAGGUGUGGGCCUCGGCCCGGCCUGCCCCUCCCGCCCCAGCCCACACCCCCUCAUCUGGUAGCAGCUCCAACAGGGGUCCGGCCUGCUUCUUGUUGACUCAAGUUUCUCAACUGUUCAACCUCACUGGUUUUGCACUGAUUUUUGAGAGUGGAGACCCAUUUCCAUCUCCUGUGGCUACGGACUCAGUGACAUGCAUGAAAUUCAAUAUUGCUGACCCAGGACCUCUUACCACACAGAAGGUUCCAGUGUGGCAAACCCUCAUCCAAGCAGGAGAGAAAGGCCAUAUUUUAAUUUCUGCUGCCCCGCCUGGCCUGCCAGCACACGGCAGGCCCAGGCCCCUGCCCACCCAUCCAUCUGCCCCACCUGGAGCCCAAUCCAGCCGCAGGCCUGGUGUCAUCUUUGGCCCCGGGGGAGCACAGCCCAGGCGUGAGGAGCACCCGCUCCCAAGCACCCUGGGGCUUGGGGCCCGGACAGGCCUGGACGCCUCUUCUGCUCCUCACCUGCCAUCGGCCAAGGCCCGUGCCAUGGCCACCUGCCCGCCUGCCCGCGUUUCUACGCCUUUCUACUUCUCAAUCUGAUUUCUACAAGGUUUUUUUAACAGAGCAAUCCUCGGCUGCUUCCUUUUCGUAACUCUUUCAGUACCAAGCGCAGCCCCUCCACAUUUUAAACACCCAGCACUGUGACGGAGUCCAGCCUGGUUCUGGGUCCCAUGGGCCCUGCCCCAGCCCACUUGGCGGGGUGUGGUCUCCCUGCCUCACCUGACCCCUGCCAGUUCCACUGAAUUUCUACUGCGGGAUGGGGUGCACUUACAUUUUUUUAAUGCCAAUUCCGUUCAAUGCGAAUCUAAGAAGCCACAGCUCGCUUCAUUAGCUUAAGGGCAGGCGGCCUCGACUCCCGUCCUCACCUGGACAAGGACGUACUGUCCCGCACGCCAGGUCUGAGCGCUGGCCUGGCCCUGGCCAGCUGUCUGGCGACUGGGCUCCGUCCCUGAGAAGCUGCCAAUCGGGAUGUGGCCGAGGGGCUGCGUGGGCUGGCAGGGCAACGCACAGGCCGAUGUUAACUCUUCCCAUGUGUAGAUGUGUACAGUGAAAGGCUCAUGUAAACGUUCUGCAGAAGUGGGCCUAUACAGAGGGAAAGCUAUUUAUUUUGUGCACAGAAAAAUGUCUGGAGGGCGGAACCUUCAGGGUUUAUUCAUAUUUAAGAUGUAGCUUUUUGUUGUUGUUUCAGGCAUUAUGUAUAAAGCAAUGAUUAUUUUAUGGACCAAGUUCCCUGGUAACUGUUGCAGUGAAAGUGCAAUAUCUGCCCCCCUGCCCCCCAGCAGGAAGUGGCUGGUCCGACAAUCACAGCCCUGGCCAGGGGCCCCUGUAGCCAGUGCCACCUCCUCUACUGGCCCCACUUUGCCCCGUCUUGCCUCCACCUUGGUGACCAGCCAUCUGGAGAAGCAUCUGGAAACCUCGGCAGGCCCGCAAUAAAGGCUGGAGGCCUGGCCUUGGGAGGCCAGUGGGCGGCGGGCCAGCCUCUCCCUGGGGGCAGCCCCCGUGGCUCCUCCUCCCCCACCUGCCCAGCUGCCAGCCAUGCCAAGGACAACAGCAAUAGUCCCCUGGGCCUCUCCCAGGGCCCUCAGCCAUAGAUGGUGAGACGGCAGCCUCCCCUCCAAGUCUCUUCUCUGUCCGGGUCUGCUUUCUGCCUCCCGUAAGAUUCUUUUUGGCACAUUCUCCUCCUGAGGAAGCGCGAGUUUCCAGAAACUAAGAAGGAGGGUGAAGUCCUUUAAAAAUACCAAAAAUGUUUACAGCGUUGGGUGCUGAGCUGCAGGGCUCAGGCCUGACCAGUCGUAACCAAAGGGUGAGGCAGGCCUUGCCGACUGCCACCCCCACCCGGGCCUGUUAGGAUAGAAGCCUUAGUCCCUCCCGCCCGCACCCCUGCCCCCGACUGAGUCUCAGCCUGCCCGGCCCUGAGCACCUGCCUUCUCUGAUUUCUAAAGUGGGAUUCAACAGAGACCCCGCCCCACCGGCUCUGUCCGAGCUGCCCCAUCGCAAUCUUCACAUCUCGGCCUCUCCCAUCUGUCCUCGUGCUGUCUGUCUCUGGGCCACAUGUGAGCAGUGUCCUGACUGUCCCUCCCCACAUGCUGUCCCUGCGUCAUCGGCCUGAGUGUGCUCUGUAUUCAGCGUCGCUGUCUGUUACACCGAUUAAAGAAGCAGGAAGGCUUC